CUUGCUAUGUUGCAAUAUUUUCUAUUCAGGAUAUUGAAAUGACUUGAACAAACAAGUUCAUGAAUUUUUUUCUCRCCUACUGCGCGCUUAUUGAUAUGAGAAAUUAUAUUUGCGUAUAAUUCGUGCCAAAUUGUGAAAUGAAUUUCCGUUAAAACCAAAUUUGUAUUGACUUAAUUAAGUAUUUUUCCCAGCUUCCUUACAGUGAUAAUUUACAUUUAGUGACAAGUCAUCGAAGAGCCAUCGUCUUUUUGAGACCAAGCAUUAUUGUCUGAUGUCUACCUACGAUUUGGUGAAUUCACAAUAUACCAACCGACCCUACAACUGGUAAACURUGCAACGAGAAACUGUCAGUUUUCUUUAUGAAGUGGCACAGAAUUACAGGAUGUGGCGCAGUAGUUAUUGAACUUUAAAAGCAAGCAAGUACAAAGUAACAGGCGGCUACAUUAGCUGAGCUACAACGAUAUGAAUAACUCUGCUGUMUUAGCUAGACUUGCUGUUGAAUUACGAUCRCGAAGCACUGCUCGUGUUGURUUUGAAAGUGGAGUUUUUCUAGCCAUUGGACUUUUGAUACUCGUCGGGAACGCCAUGACACUCUUCAUAGUUUACAAAAAUCGUCAACUCCGCACUGUACCCAACCUUUUCAUCGUUUCAUUGGCAUUUUCUGACAUUGGAAUKGCUGUCUUGUCGAUGCCAAUGUGUUUCACUGUUCUUGUUGUUGGUCAAUGGCCUUUUGGAGAUGCAGCUUGCCAGUACAACGGUUUCAUAGCGGUUUUCAUGGCGCUYGCAUCGGUACARUCAUUGACAUGGACCUCUGUGAAUAGAUAUUUUCGUGUUGUAAAGCCAAAAAAGUACAGGAAAUACUUUACGAUGAAGUCUACAGGACUUUACAUUGCAUUGUUUUGGUUCUUUGCGGCCAUGACUACAAUACCAUAUUUGUUAUCUGGAAAUCGCAUGGUSUUUCAUCCUGGAAAAUACUUCUGUUAYCUUGMAAUUARCGUAACAUGGUAUACAGCMCUWGCAGUAUCGUUAUACAUAGGAAUCCCAACCAGCGUYACACUAUACUGCUAYCUCAGGGUCUUCCAAGCUGUYYACARRCAUAACAAACAAUUUGCACAGUCAAGAGGRUCUARCAAUAACCUGAGCGUCGAGGAAAUUAAGAUAACUCGCACAUUGUUUGUGGUGAUGYUGGUGUACAUGACAUGCUGGACKCCAAUCCUAAUCAUUGAUCUCAUUGAUACAGGCCGUGGUUACUGGUCGAUGAAUAGAGAAGUGUAUACCUUCUACAGUUACCUUGCAGUGGUGAGCAGUGCAACUAACCCUAYAAUCUAUGGACUGAUGAACCCACAGUUUAAGAAAGAGUAUUUGAAAAUCAUGUUUUGCAAGUUUUGUCGAAGAAGCGAAAAGGCAUCGGCUGUGACGACAAUUACCGCUGGAAACACAUCACAAUCCCGAUCGAGACCGCUUCAAGAAGACCUGAGAAUUGAGUCUGUGGUUUCAACUACAUAGAAUCUAUAUACAAUGUAUCAUAUAAUAUCGUUAAACAUUAAAAUGAUGAAAAUUGUAAGGUGCGAAUUCAUAUACAGCGAAGAAAACGCUUGAUAUAAUAUAUUCAUAAUCAUUAUCACAAAAAUAGUGUAAUAGGGCAUGAUCAUUUUCAUCAAUGAUUACGAUGCAUGUUACUGUAUAUAGCAACAAAUAUAAAUAAAUAAUUAGRCUUAUUUAAAGAGAUAUAAUUGACAACU